GGCAGAGCCACAGUCUGUGUUGGUCAGAGCCGAGUACACUGCACUUAGGGGCCUUAAACUGAGAAAAUAAUAGCUUUGAGUCAACUAGAGUACGCUUCAAACCCCCUUAAACAGCUAAUUUCAGUUCACUAAUCAGAGCUGUAAGAAGUUUAUUUGACUCUCAGAGAGAUUAAGAAUAGACAUUAGAGAGACAGAGGAGGGCGUGACAGGGAGCCAGCCGAGCAGGCAAGCUGUUGCUGCAAGGGGAGGAAGAGCAGGCGAUGCAUCAGCCAAAGCCAGAGGUCAAGAAAAAACGCGAAAGAAUAGUGAAAAGGUAGACUGACAGAGAGGUGGUCGUUUGUGACCUGAGCCAGAAAAAUAGACACCAGCCUCUCUUCGUUGUGUGGGCCACCGAGCAGGGAUGUGAAGGAGAGCAGCAGGGAGGAAGGAAGGCGACUGCAAGAAAGACAAGAAAAUGCUCUCAGAGAUGAUGUGCAGAAGGAGCUGUCAGCAGCAGCAGGACGGGAAAGAGGCUCCACAGAGGGACCCUUCCAUUCGUAGGAAACACGGCUGGUCCAAGAGCUGCAAGGGGCGCCUGCAGGGCCGGAGGACCGGAAAGGGAGGGUGGUCUAAAGGGCGCAAUCACCACCACCAGCACCCUCAACGUCACCCUCCUCAUCAUUACCCUCAGCCACAACACUUCCAGAGGCCGGUGAUGUCACUCCGGCCCGUUAACGUCAAAGGAAACAGAGCGAGGGGGAUGCGGGCCCCCAAGAACACCAACCAGUUUCUAAUGCACGAGAAGUACCAGAUGCUGCAUAUGCGCUCCGACUCAGUGGGGAGCGACAGCAGCAGCUGCUCCGACAGCGACGUGGAGCUCACAGACAUGGACUCAUACCUGGGCGUCCUGGAGAAUGCGAGAGGAGCCCUCUUGGACAGUCCCAACCCACACGGCUCAACAGCGCCACCCGGACAGAUUGUGGUACUGCACGACGACAGUCUGCAUCUGCAGGAUCACAGUCUGCGUCUGCAGGAGGACAGCAUGCAGUAUUUCCCCUCUGAAGAUGACCUGAUUCAGAGCCAGAACUUCAUGCUGAGGGACUUUGUUGAGUUCUGUGACAUCCUGACAUCCUGAAGGCAAACUUUUUGUUCCCAGCAGUGUGAAACUCAAACCUCAGACUGAACGGGGUCAGGUUUGUUCUGCUUCAUGUUCACAGGGAAUUAAAUAAGUUAUCCAUCCUAUCAAGUCAUUUAGCCUUAACCUGUUAUGCUAUUUGCCACCAGAGGAAUCUUUUCAAAACAUAUUUUUUUAAAGUGUAAUUUUCUUCAUAAGCUACCCAUGCAGUGUAUGCCUUAGUUCAUCUUAUUUCAAGAUGCUGUGUGAGUGAAAUGAUUGCAUUAUUAAGAUGGAUAUUUUUUUAAAUUUUUUUCAUGUUUUGUCAUGUAAAAUGUGUCCAAGUGCUGUUAAGUGCUGCCUUUCUGUUGUUGUUGUUGCUGCUGCACACAAAGGGAGAUGGGUUGGGUGGUGGGAGUGAGCCCACAAGGCCAAUCAGCAUUGAGCUGGCUGGAUUAGGCUGCAGGUGAUUGGCUGAAGUAGACUGUCAUAAACAAAGAGGCUUUUUAUUGUACAGAAUAAAAAUAAACACAAAUAAAUAUGUCAUUGAUGUAACAU